CGCCCGCCAUGGCGCUGGAGGAGCGCGCGGAGACAGCCGCCGGCCUGCUGCGGAGCUUCGAGCGCCGCUUCCUGGCGGCGCGGGCGCUGCGCUCUUUCCCCUGGCAGAGCCUAGAAGAGAAAUUGAGAUGUUCACCAGAGUCUGAGCAGCUGCUGCUGGAUAUUUUACAGAAGACAGUGCGACACCCUGUGUGUGCAAGACACCCACCAUCCAAGAAUUACACCCAGAGCUUCGUCUUGGAGCUCAUCAAAAAGCACGAAGCUGUCCACACCGAGCCUUCGGAUGAGCUGUACGAAGCGCUGGCAGAGGUCCUCACAGCCAAGGAGUCCACCCGGUGCCACCGGAGCUACGUGUUGCCAUCGGGGGCGGUGGUCACGCUCUCUGAGAGCACAGCCAUCGUGUCCCACGGCACCACCGGCCUGGUCACAUGGGACGCCGCCCUCUACCUCGCAGAGUGGGCCAUCAAGAACCCAGCCACCUUUGCUCACAGGACGGUCCUGGAGCUUGGCAGCGGGGCCGGCCUCACGGGCCUGGUCAUCUGCAAGUCGUGCCGCCCCCGAGCCUAUGUCUUCAGUGACUGCCACAGCCGCGUGCUCCGGCAGCUCCGGGAGAACGUGGGCCUCAACGGCUUCUCGCUGCAGCCAGAGCCCGCCGCAGACACGCACACGCCCCUGGUGACCGUGGCCCACCUGGACUGGGACGUGGCCACCGCCCCUGAGGUCGCUGCCUUCCAGCCGGACGUCAUCAUCGCAGCCGACGUGCUGUACUGCCCGGACGUGACCCGCUCGCUGGUUGGGAUCCUGCACAGGCUCUCUGCCUGCCCAGGGGGCUGCACGCCCGAAGUCUACGUGGCCUUCACCAUGCGCAACCCAGACACGUACCGGCUGUUCACCACCGAGCUGGACGACGCUGAGAUCGGCUGGGAGACAGUGCCGCCUCACACCCGGAAGCUGUUCCCCUACGAAGGAUGCUCAGAGACUUCCAUCCUGAGGCUCACGUUGUAG